AUGCCUGUUAAGGUUGAUAUAACCCCACCGCCUCCAGCUAACUCCAAACAGCCUGGCGUGACUAAAUCCCUGCUAUAUAACGGUUCCAAGUUUCAAGGGCACCAAAAAUCAAAAGGGAAUUCAUAUGAAGUUGAGGUAGUAUUACAGCAUGUUGAUGAGGAGAAUUCCUAUCUUUGUGGAUACUUAAAGAUUAAGGGUUUAACAGAAGAAUUUCCAACACUGACAACAUUUUUUGAUGGUGAAAUAAUUUCAGCCAAAUACCCAUUUUUAACGCGGAAAUGGGACGCUGAUGAGGAUGUUGACCGAAAACAUUGGAGCAAGUUUCAACUAUUUCUACCAUAUUUAAAGACAUUCAACUCUGAUUCAUUUGAUUAUGAAUCUUUAGCAAAGGCUGACUAUGUAUAUAUGCGAUGGAAGGAGCAUUUCUUAGUGCCAGAUCAUACAAUUAAAGAUAUAAAUGGUGCUUCGUUUGCUGGUUUCUAUUAUAUAUGUUUUCAUAAAUCUGAGGCAACUAUUGAGGGUUACUAUUAUCACAGAAGUUCAGAAUGGUUUCAAUCCUUGACGCUGAGCCAUGUUCCAGAACACAGUAUUCAAAUAUACGAGUUUAGAUGA